AUGGAGCCACUGUCACCACGAAGGAGUGUCUCCUGGCUAGUGGUUUGCUGCCUCUGGCCCCGCCACUCCUCCCUCAGUCAUAUCCUGGGUACAAAGCUCUUGCUGUCCCCCAAGGCUCCCGUCCCCUUCCGAGAUCCCCACAGCCAUCUGUUGGCCUUGUCUGAGAAACACUGUCUAUGGCCCUACCCCCCAAACUCGGGAGUGAGCUCAGAGAGCCGCCCCCACCGGCUCGGAGACUGUCCGCUGUCCCCGAGGCUUAUGCAGGGGCUGUGCUGUGAGGCCACUCAGAGGCACCUGCACUUUCAGACACUUCAGGAAGUUGCCACUGGGGCUCCUGGCAAGCGUCUAAUUGUGCAUCACAAACAAUUACAAGUGAGCCACACAGGUAUUUCCAGCCCUGGUUAA